GUACUUUUGGUUGCUGGAUCUUUGAAUCCCCAACCUUGACUCCUACAUCGAGAGAAAAAUUUUUUUGUAAACUCCCUUGGUAAAGAUGGUCGUCCAAGCAUACUUUACCAUUUGGGCAUGGCUUUGUAGAAGAAGAGAAUGGCGUGUGUCGGUUUCUAUUGAGAUUCCCAAUUGGUCAUCGUAACCUGGUGGCUCCUGCCUGCCGACACGGACGAGAGUGAACCCCACCAACCGCCCGCGGAGAGCAUUCGGGCAGUCCACCCAAUUGCACGAUUCUACAUGUGGCACUAUUUCAUGACAUAGCUGCGGAACGCUGCGAGACCACCACAAACCCUCUGCGGCUGCGUCGACGAACGAGCCCCUUCGGACGACCCGUUCCCUGCGCCAACUCAAUCGACGACUUUGUCCAAUACCUACCGUGACCGCGGCCCCAAUCAGACACAAUGGAUAUCCGACGCCUCGAGCCCAGCGACAUCCCGCUGAUCCAGCAUGCCAACCUCGAGAACCUGCCCGAAAACUACUUCAUGAAGUAUUACCUCUACCACGCCCUGUCAUGGCCCCAGCUCUCCUACGUCGCCGUCGACGUCUCGCGGCCCCAGAAGACCCCAUACGACUACCCAAAGAUUGUCGGCUAUGUCCUGGCCAAGAUGGAGGAGGAGCCCACAGACGGCGUGCAGCACGGCCACAUCACCUCUCUCAGUGUCAUGCGGACGCACAGGAGGUUAGGCAUUGCUGAAAAGCUGAUGCGCCAGAGCCAGCUUGCCAUGGUCGAGACUUUUGGCGCGCAGUAUGUCUCUCUGCACGUCCGCGUCUCUAACAAGGCCGCCAUCCACCUCUACACCAAGACGCUCGGCUUCGACCAGGAAAAGUCGGAGCCCAAGUACUACGCCGACGGCGAGGAUGCGCACUGCAUGAAGCUCGACUUGUCGACCAUUCGGGAGCAGGUUCAGGAUGCCCGCGACGCGGAGGACGGCGACAGCGAAGCCGAGGACGAGGGCGAGCCGGUCGGCGAGGCUGGUGCAGCCAAUGACUCGCUCCCAAGCCGGCCGAAGGACACCAAGCGCAAGGUCAAGGUCGGGAGGCAGCUUGGAAUCGCUGAGCUGGUGGAGAAGAAUGAGAGCAAACAGGCAUAGAAGUGUUGUCAUUCCUUCUGAUGGGGACAGACCAAGGCAGCGGGCUCGGCCGGAAUCCGAGGAGGUGCCACGCGACCUCUAAUGUCGUCAUCAAGCGGCUGUCAACGACACUCGGGGACAGUUCCAGCUCGCGACACGAGGGAGAAUCACAGAGGCGUCAGGUCGAAUAGGAGAGUCCAACAGUCAAUGAGUAGCGCCACGGCGGUCGUCCUCUGACGUACCACAGUGUAUGGUAACGACAAAAUCUUGGCAAGGCGUAAAGGAGGCAUAGACAAAACCAAAGACAAAAUCA